ACAGGCAGUGCUGAGGCCGCUGUGAGUGUGUGUGCUGUCAGGCAGAGGCGCGGUCACCUCACUGAGGCCCCAUGCAGCAGCACACGUACAGUACUGUGACAGGCAGUGCUGAGGCCGCUGUGAGUGUGUGUGCGCUGUCAGGCAGAGCCGCGGUCACCUCACUGAGGCCCCAUGCAGCAGCAGCAGCACACGUACAGUACAGUGACAGGCAGUGCUGAGGCCGGCUAUAUGAGGCGCUUUCGCUGAGAGCGGACCGGCAUCGCCGAGGACACGCCUUGCUGCCAUCACCCGGUCACAGCGGCUCCUCUCAGCGCCGACAUGGGGACGCCACAGAAGGACGUUGUUGUAAAACCCGAUGCGCUGAAGACACUGCUGUUGGAUAAACAUGCGGAAUACAUUGAAUCGUAUGGAGCUAAGAAAGAUGACUAUGAAUACUGCAUGUCGGAGUACCUGCGGAUGAGCGGCGUGUACUGGGGGCUGACCGUUAUGGAUCUGAUGGGUGAGCUUCAUCGCAUGAACAAAGCGGAAAUCCUGACGUUUAUCAAGUCCUGCCAGCACGACUGCGGCGGGUUCAGCGCCAGUAUUGGACAUGACCCCCAUCUCCUGUAUACACUCAGCACUGUGCAGAUUCUGACUCUCUUCGACAGCCUCUCUGAGGUGGACACAGAGAAGAUUGUGGAGUACGUGCAGAGCUUACAGAAAGAAGACGGAUCAUUUUCUGGAGACAAAUGGGGGGAGAUAGACACUCGCUUCUCCUUCUGUGCUGUUGCCACACUUGCACUGCUGGGGAAGCUGGAUGCCGUUAAUAUAAAGAAGGCGAUAGAGUUUGUUUUGUCGUGUAUGAAUUUUGAUGGCGGAUUUGGCUGCAGACCAGGGUCGGAAUCGCAUGCUGGGCAGAUAUAUUGUUGCACAGGAUUCCUGGCCAUCACAAACCAGUUACACCAAAUAAACGCCGACUUACUGGGCUGGUGGCUCUGCGAGCGGCAGCUCCCGUCCGGAGGACUUAACGGGCGCCCGGAAAAGCUACCAGACGUCUGCUACUCAUGGUGGGUUCUGGCGUCCCUGAAGAUAAUUGGAAGACUCCACUGGAUAGACAGGGAGAAGUUGCGCUUAUUUAUUUUGGCCUGUCAAGAUGAGGAGACGGGGGGAUUUGCAGACAGGCCGGGGGACAUGGUGGAUCCGUUUCACACCCUAUUUGGGAUUGCUGGUUUGUCUCUGCUGGGAGAGGAAGGGAUAAACCCUGUGAAUCCAGUGUUUUGUAUGCCGGAGGACGUCCUGCAUAGGAUCAGCGUGCAGCCUGAGCUGAUCAGCUAGAGGGAGGUGAAGGUUCGUCGCCAUCGUUCCCUGACCGUAUCCUACUGCCAGGAAUUCCGCCACCAAUCAGGAACGUUCAUCUCUACUUCUUGUACAGCUUUCUAACUUAAUUUCUCUGUAGUUUUUAUUUGAUUGUUUGGAAAAAUCACACUAUGGGGCCGAUUCAAUUGUUUUGGGCGUUUUAAUUUUCUCAUCUAAACAGGACUGUCUAGAUGGUCAAACAAUUGUCACAAUUAACAGAAAGGGUUUAGCAGCGUAAAACGGCUAAACCUGUCUAAAGUUCUGCUUUGGCCAUACUCCCGUUUGGACGCCCAAAAGUGCUCAGGAGGCUGCAAGAAGAAAUACCAUACCUGCGGCUACCGGGCAUAUAAAUGGAGCAACAAUUGAAUGGUUUCAUUUUGCGCCCCCCUAGUGGGAGCUGCAGGGUAAAACAAUUGAAUUGGCCCCUAUGUAUGCAGUGCCGCUAUGUGUAUUACUAGCAAGGUGGAUGUAGCGAGAGAGCGCUGAAGGUAUAGGAGUAGAUGAUUGGGAGACGAUACAGGGAGGAAGAAACCUCCUGAGUGUUCCCAUAUGAUAUUUGCUGCUCUCUGUAACCUAGUGCUGCUGGUAUAAUCUUAUCCGCAUGAGAACGCUGAAGGACGCCACAUCUGUCUUGCAGUACGAGUGUUAUAGGCCCUGUUAUUGAUUGAGCUGACAAAAUACCAACAUACAUUUAUAAUAUGUGAUUCUGGCAUUAUAGUUAUAAAGACAUCUACCCCAUUGAGAUGAUCCCAGGAAUUGCUGCUGUGUUUUAAUCUGGGGAUCCAUAAAACAUCAAGGCCCAGUCUCACUGCACCAUCAGGACCACUAAUGCUGAAAACUCCCUGGAAUACUGCAACAAGCCCUGUUCCCUGAUCACACGGUUUCCCAGCCCUUGGACGGGUGUAAGGAAUGGGGGCGUUCUUCCUGGUAAUGCCUGUAGCCGUGUGGUGUUGCAUUAUACCGUUAUACACCUUUUGUCUUAUAGCCUCUCUUUUCAUUGAUGCCAAAUACAAUAAAAUAAAAUGUUUUACAAACUGCCUCUAAUAAUAGUGAUAUCAUAAGUAUUAUAAUUUUUAGGAAAUGAGCACUGUGGCCGCCCGGCGCCAGCGUUGUACUUUGACGCACGGGAACCCUGCAAUUGGUGCUUCUUAAGGCUGCCCUGAUUUACCUUACGUUAAGGACCAUAACCUGCAUCACUAUAAUAUUAUUAUUGACUGUUACGGUGUAUGUGUGUGGUCCCGGUACAGCCUUCACCUGGUCUGUCACUUUGGGGACCCAGUGUCUAAGCUUGUAGAAUGGAUUCAUCGCAACCACUGAGCAGGCGUCUAAGCAAUAGAGGCGAAACGUCAUGAAAUACACGUAUCUUGUUACAUUGUUUAAAACUCUGAAUCAUUUCUAUAAAAGUGUAAUGCAAACGCUGUCCUUGUCUGUAGUACAUGGUAUGACUUGCAUAGAACACAUUCACUAAGAUAUAGAAAUGUAGGUUCUAGACUGCAAAACAAGGAACCUGGAAAAUGGCAGAGAGAUGGAUGUUUUAGCGCUUUUUUGCUGUCAGUCAUUUCUAUGGGAGGUAAUCAUUGCACCAAAAGCAACGCCAUUGUGAAUACAGAGCGUGUAUAUGCACUACACACUGAUUGCUCCCUUAUACGCACCCAAAGCCGCAGUUCUCGUAGACAUUUAUUGUAACCACUGCGCUUUUCUUGUCCAUUAAAUACCUGUAUGUACAGAUGGGGAUACAUUGGAAGCAGCUGUUCAGCUCACUGAAUUACCCAUUAAAUCACUACUGCAGAAUAACUUUAUCAGUGCAUUACAUUUGCAUUAAAUAAAGAUAUAUGUGAAAAUAAACCCUAUUUCUAUGAAUGAUA